GUCGUCCGUCAUUUGCCAAAGUUGCCAUCCAUGUUUAUGAAAAUACGUCCGGUUAUUUAUUCUAUUACUAACUGUUAAGAAAAUUGUUAUGCACAAUCAAUUUGAUGAGUAAUUAUGGUGAGUAGAUAGGAUUCAAAAUAAUAAUAAGCUCAGUUCAAGCCUCAAGCUAUGUUCAUUUUGUUGUUUACAUAAAUUCAAAGUCAUGUUACUCAUUCAUAGGUCAUUUAUUCCUCAGAAUCAGCAAACAAAAAUUAAAAAUAGUAGAAUAAUUGUAUAAAUAAGGUUAAGAAGGCGCCACUAAACUCUUAAUCUUAAUAAAUUACUAAGGGCUAAUUUAGCCUAAAAUUAGGCUGUACUAUUAAUUCCCAUCAGCUUGAGGAAAUAACAAGCAACAGUUAAUAGUUACAACCCUAGUGUCCCUACUAAUUUACAACUGGACUGAUCCAUUUCUUCUAUAUUCUAAUAUUGGAACUGGGGAUCAAAAGAUAUGGUAAAUUCAGAGAACGCGGCCCGCGUUUAUUUCCAUGAGCUCACUUUUACGUCUUAAAUCGAUCCCUAUGCCUAACCCGAACCCUAAAUCUAUCCCUAAGCCUAACCCGAACCCUAAAUCAAUCCCUAUGCCUAUGCCUAACCUUAACAAAGUCAACGUGGGCCGCUAAAUCUGAAACAGCCAAAGAGGCAAAGAGAUUAAUAAUUAAUUAGUGCAUUAAUAAGAUAAUUUGGCUAAAACUAAAAUGCAGUUAGUCGAAGGGCCAGUGAUAUCUUCCCUGGUAUAUAAAUAUAGGUCAUGGAGGUUCCCCGGGUCAACUACCGGCCAUAGUUCUGUUUUGAUUUCGAAAUGAAUAGCAUAUAAAUAUGGAUAAUGAAUGGGUGCUUCGUUUUCAACCAAUAAAAAAAUAGCACCUCUUUUUUUUCUGGUUUUCAUCUUGGGUUAUCAGCGAGGAUGAGUUUCUCUCUUUUUCUUUCUUUUGAAGUCCAUAAGUUGAAUUUUAAUAAAAACAAAAUGGAAAAUUUCAUUUUAAUUGAUUUCAUUUUAACAGUAUGGAUCAUCAGAUUAUGUUUUUGAUGCGAAUAAUGCUCAGUGAAGAUCUUGAAAGUUAUCAUUCUCAUCGUUCAGGGUCAAUCGUUGGUUCAAUCACUCUAAGUCUAGUGUUGGUUGGGAUUAGCCAAAUUGACGUCACUGCGCUUAGGGUGAGACAACUCUUGGCAAAACCCCUGCCGUUAACUGCACAUUUACCCAUAAUUUGGUAAAUCUGCGCCACUUAUUUUCCAUGGCUGCCAUCUUUGCUGCCAUGACCCGUCUGCUAAAAUGAGGAGGGGAAAGAGAGCAUAUGCUGUUUUAGCUAUUUACAGAGAGAAAUGAAAAUAGGAACAAAAAGUUAAAAUUUUAUUUCAGUCAAUACAUUAAAUUUGUAGCAGUUUUAUUGUAUCCCUCUAGAUAUGCAUCAAGAAGACUUGUGUUUGUGCUACUUCUUUUUAUAACUUGAUUGCCAUGACAUUUUGCUGAUAGUUUUGCGCUCCAAAUCAACAUUUACCAAAAGUGAUUAUAAUGACAGUGGAGCUUAUUUCAAGUUACAUUACAAGCCCUAAUGCCUAUCAGAUAACUUUCCUAAGGCACAAGUCCAUACAUUUUCUUCAAAUUAGGAAAUAAAUUUUACAUUUUUGUGUAAAGGGUGCACAACUUAGUGAAACAAUUUGAAAAAGGUGGGACCCUGCUCUACUCUUAGCCAUUGACUUCCAUCCUAUCCCUGAGUUGCUACAGCCAAUGUAGGGCUUUGGCCUGUCUCACCACUUCCUUCCACUCAGACCUAACUAAUGCUUUUCUUUUCCCAGUUGCUGUAGAUCUUUUUCCACCUCAUCCAUCCAUCUAAGCCUAGGUCUACCAAUGAGCCGUAUUCCUCUUGGGUUUUGGUGGUGCACCCUUUUCACUCCUCUGUAAUUUGGCAUUCUUUCUAAAUGACCCGCCCAGCGUAGCCUGCCCUUUUUUAUUUUUGCUACUAGCAUGGGAUCUUGAUAUAGACAAUACAAUUCCUGCUUGGUUUUUAUUCUCCAUCCAUAUUCUUCCGGUGUUGGUCCAUGUAUUUUCCUGAGAACUUUCCUCUCCCAUGUGUUUAAUAGGUUUUCUGCCAUUUUUGUUAGGGCCCACAUUUCACUUGCAUAUGUUACAACUGGUCUGAAUACAGGUUUACAAUUUUCUUAGUUUUUCUUUUAAUGUUUUUACUUUUGAGUAUUUUAUGACUACUGAAGUAUGCCCUGUUUCCUGCCAAUUUUCUUUCUUUUAUUUCUGUUAGUAAUUCUUUUCUUUCAUUUAAUUAAGAUCCUAGGUAUUUGAAUUGAUUUACAUUUUAAAAAUAGUUGUUUCUCAUUUUAAUGGUUUCAUCUGUCUGCUCUUCUCUUAUCAUAGUUUUGUAUUUUGUUUUUUGGUUGUUAAUUUCCAGCCCAAGUUGUGAUGCAUCUUCUAAUUCAAUAAAGGAUUGAAUACUUUAAUACUUUUCCCUAGCAGUGCUAUGUCAUCAGCAUUUGCAAGAUUCUUAAAGGGUUGAUUGUAGAGAGUGUCUUUUGGUUGUGGGUCUUGGGUCUCCUCUCAGAAAGUAUCCUUUUAUUGUUCCUCGGGUGUCAAUAUGUAUGUUUCUUAUAUUCUCUAAUGUUAGGUUAAACAGUGAGUCUCCUUGUCUUAGUAGGCCUCGUCUAAUCUAAAAUUCCCUUAAAUAUUAUUCUUGAAACUUGAUUUUUUUGUUUGAAUUGUUUAAUGCUACAUGUAUCAGUCUUGUCAGUUUGUUGGGUAUGCCAAACUCCUGCAGAGUCUCAUAUAGAUAUUUUCUUUUGAUGCUGUCAAAGGCCAUUUUAACUUCCACAAAGAGUUGAUGUACUGGGAUAUUCGUAAAAUUUCUCUAAUAGGCAUCUGAUGGUGAAAAUCUGAUAAUUCGUGGAUCUGUUUUGUCUUAAAUCCACAUUGGUAGUCACCUUGUUUGUCUUAGUCAUUGACAUAGAUUGCCUAUUAACUUUUGAAGAGAUUAAGUCAAAAUAUUAUGUUUUUUUUAAUCCUUUUUUACAGUUCUCGCAUGGAUUGCUCUCUAAAUGUGCCAGUUCACCAGGCACACCUAAAGUUCGAAAGAAGAUGCAGCUGUGGAUAAAAUAAAUAAUUGAUGUUACUUUUAUUUGUUUUGAAAUGUGACGUUAAAUGUAGUGUAAUUAGUCAGGAUGACAAUUUUGACAUUUUAACCAUAUCUUAAUCUUAAGUUUGAAGAGACCUGUGUAUAGUGUAGUGUAAAAGUGAUAUUAUAAAUAUCUAAAAAUGCCAUUUCAAGGAUUACCUUGGACGGAAUUCAUUUCUUGUCCUGUGUGCUUUAAAUUAUUCAAUGAGCGUCAACAGAGACCUAUCUCAUUGGGAUGUGGACACACUGUGUGCAAAUCAUGCAUAAGAAGCAAGCUGAAUGAUAACAGGUAGAUGUAUGAAAAUUUAAUUGUUAAAGAUAUUUUAUUUGCCUUGUUUGACUUAGACUAUUAGUAAACCUAAGAUUAAUAAUUUAUUUUAAAAUUUCUAUUAAUAGUGAGUGGCCAUCCAUAUAUAACAUUCUAUAGGGCAGGCAUGCACAACAUACGGCCCACAGGCUGUAUGUGGCCCGUCAGACCCACUUGGCGGCCCGCGUGUAACGAAAUAUUAUUUAUUAUUAUUAUUUUCUUAAUAGCUCUUUCUCUGUCCUAUCAUCUUUCGGCCCGCACAAGCUUUUCAUAAAGUAUUACGGCCCGCACAAGUUUUUCAUAGCGUAUUACGGCCUGCCUUACAUUUUGAGUUGUGCAGGCCUGCUGUAGGGGGUUUAGAGGGGUCACAAUUUUAUUAACAAUGUAUUAUGAAAUUGUGAUCUAUUUGUGAUGAUGGGCGAGAGUGGGGCCCAGAAUUUGGCAAUAGUGGCGUGACAUCAUAUAUGGUUGGCCUCUCUUACCAUAAUCAAUUGUCAUUGUUUUACACAAACUAAUUUUAAUUCACAAAAUGAAAUUGUUAAAGUAAGAGAAAGAAAAUUACAAAUUUUUAAGUAUGUGUUUUCAAUUGAUUCAAUUUUUGUUCUUCCCAUAAUUUAGAUGCCCCUUUGAUCAGAUAGUUUUGCCCAGUGAUGUUGAUAAACUUCCAGCUAAUUUUGCCCUUAUGCAUCUUGUGGGCGCUGCAGUGCCUGAGCAAGAGAAAGAAGCAGUAAAAAAAGUCUCAGAUAAUCCUAAGUCUUAUGAACAAGCCAGGAAAUGUAUUGAAGAAAUGGCAGUACACUUAAAACCACUUGCAGAAAGUUAGUAAAGUUCAAUUUUCUUAUCCUUGUCCAACAAAUCGUACUUAGAUGUACUUGCAAUCUUACUAAAAAAUGUCAGUUAAUUUUAAAUGUUAAAAGGAGGAAAACAAUUCGACAAAAACUUUAAUGCACCCACCUAUGAAACACACACACAAGAAUCUUUGAGUUGUAACCCACAUAUGAAAAACUGAACUGUAAUUUUUUUUUUUCUUCAGACACAUCUGAUGAUGACAGCUCCACCUGCAGUGAACCAAUUCCUAACAAGGGGAGCCAAAGCACAACAAGCAGUGGGGGGAAUGCUACUGCCAACAAUAACUCAAAAUGUGUGCUAAGUCGCCCAAUGCAACGCAAGUUAAUAAGUCUGAUUCACUGUCAGCUUCUUGAGGAGGAAGGGCGAUCAAGGGCUUCUCGGAUAGCACGUUCUCUUGGAGAAAGAAUAGUUUCUGAAUUGCUUGUUCUGCAACAAUAUCCCCAUCAAUUGUCUGCUAAUCUUUGGGCUGCUGUAAGGACAAGAGGGUGUCAGUUUCUUGGACCAGGUAUGAAUAAUUUAUAGUUUUGUUUUGAUUUAUUUAUUGUCUGAAACUGCUUCAAUUUACGAAAUGGCCUAGUAUUGGUAAACACUCUUCAAUAAUUCCUUUAAAUUUGUUUGUCUAAAUAUACUGUUAAUUAUUCAUUGUUGUUCUUAGAUGAACUUUUAAAAUGUUUAUUAAAAAAUAAUAAAUGUUUCUCCCUUAGCCAUGCAAGAGGAAGUUCUCAAACUGAUCUUAUUGGCGCUAGAGGAUGGCUCUUUUUUGUCCCGCAAGGUUCUGGUGCUUUUUGUGGUUCAAAGGUUGGAAUCUCGUUAUCCGCAGGCUUCAAAAACAGCUAUAGGUCACGUUGUCCAGCUCUUGUACAGGGCAUCCUGUUUUAAGGUAACUAUUAGUUUUUUUUACUACACAACUAUUCAUUUAUUUCCAUUUCAACCUGAAGCACUAUCAAAAGUUCUUAAUCCAAUGACUGAUUUCUAAGUGAGGAUAGUAACACUUGUUGGAGCUAGGGAUCCCAUAGUGGGCUAAAGCUGAUGAAUAAUAAGUGUAUUUAUAUCAUUUUUAUAUUGUUUAAAACAAAUUGUAAACCUUUUGUUAAAAUAAUAACAUUAUUAGCUAAUUGUUUGGCUCUUUAAUUCUUUUACCACUUUUAUAUUGCAGCAAACAGAAACAUUUUAACCGAACCAUCAAUUUAUUUUUCUUAUCAGGUAUUAAAACGUGAAGAAGAAUCUUCUCUUAUGCAACUGAAGGAGGAGUUUCGUCAGUACGAGUCCCUGCGUAGAGAGCAUGAUUCACAGAUAGUGCAGAUUGCAAUAGAGGCUGGGCUAAGAAUCUCACCAGAGCAAUGGUCCUCAUUGUUGUAUGGGGAUCCAGCACACAAGUCCCACAUGCAGUCUAUUAUAGACAAGGUAUAUUUUAUUUACAGUUUUGUUUCGUCAUAAAUAUUUUAGAUUAGUUUAUGUAAAAUAUUAAUUUUUUAACUUAAUUUUUCCCAUAUAGUUCAUUAAAAAAAAAAAAAGUAGAUUGUUGAGAAUUAAAUAAAAACUAUGCUGUAAUUCGUUUGGUCAUAAUUUAAUUUUGAGACAAAACUUCUGUUAACUAAACAAUCAUUUUAAUAUUGAAAUAUGGUCCUAGCAAAUAAAUGUGUCCAAUUUUGUUUUUUCUUCCUAUUUAAAAUAGCACCAGAGCCCACAAUCCUUUGCACAAAGUAUAUCAGAGCUGAUGUUGACUCUUCAAAGAAGUGUUGACCAUAGUGGUCUGCAAAAACUUCAGCCUCAGUUAGAAUUUCUUUCAAACAUAGAUCCCAGUCCAGGUAUCUAUAGAAAUAUUGGAAAUAGUUCAAACUAGAAUGUUACAUUUCAUCACGUAAAAAAUAAUUUAUCCAAAUGAUAGUAUUUCUUUUAAAUUGAUUCAUGAUUUAUUUCAGAUUGCCCAGCCCCAUCAUGGGAAAAUCUAGAAGCAAUAAUGAGAUCUCUCAACACUGUCAUGACUGCAUUUGUUGACUUCCUGUCAAACCCUGAUCAUAGGUCACGUCUGGAAACGGCCCCUAUCCAGAAUACCCGCUAUAAGACAUCCAUGUGUCGCGACUUUUCAGCUCGUGGAACAUGCCCCAGGGGCAACACUUGCACUUUUGCACAUUCUCAGGAAGAGCUUGAGAGGUAAGAGUACUUUUUUAACAUACAUAAAUAAUAGGGGAUGUUUAACUAUUGCCAUUAUGUUAAGAAUUAUAAGAUGACAUAAAAAGUAUAUAAGUGUUUAAAGAAUGACUAACCUAAAAGCUUAAAAAUAUAAUGCCCAAAAGUGCCAUGUCUUUUAAAACUGGGAAAUUAAAAUGUAUAACGUCAGAACUUAAAAUGAAUAAAUUAGUUUAUUUCUUGAAAUUAUAAUUCAACAAGUCCUUAAAAAACGUGCAAAAAGUGUAGGAGAAUGAAAUUAAAUCUUUUAUCUCAUAAUGCAGAUUAUUAGAUUGAUGGAUAUUUUUCAACAGGCUUCUGGAAGUAAUAACUUUUUUCUUUUAUAAACAUACAUAUAACAGGUAUCGCUCAAGGUCUCGUAGGAAUGGCAGUAGGGGUGUGGCUGGUCUUCCGGAAAAAACGUCUUCUUCAUUGACUCCUUCAGAAAAUGACCAGCUGAGGCAAGUGCAGUUCAAGUCCUUAGGUCUGUCUGGCAAAUCAAAAUCUGUUAUGGAUUUGAUGAAUCCAAAGCAGAAUCCAAGGUAAGGGGUUGGCAAUGCAUUUAAAAUUGGAUUUUGUUAUGUCAUCUGUUUAUCUGUUUGGUUUCUCCAUGCCUAUGCUUUUAUAUCCUAUUAAUAAACCUGGUCGGUCUCCAUCUUACUAUUAUUCUUGACAAUUUUUUUACACAUUUAAGCUAAAUUAAUAGCUUGCAAUGAAAUCAUGGCUAUAAAUGUUAGGAUACUUAACAAUAAAAUGAAAUAAAAAUGUCUUUUGGAUGCUUUUAACUUUUUAAACAUCUUGAUGAUUUUCAGUAAAUAUAGUUUACUUGGAUCAAAAAUAGUUACACAUAUAUUAGUUAGUUGUAAUAAAACUUAAUGUUAUAUAUUUUAUCAACAGCCUUCCUUCUCAUGAUAUUGCUCCUCUAAUGAACAAUAUGACACCAGUUCCAACCAAGCUGAUUACACAUCAGAAAGUUAACGUACAAAGUACUGGAGCAAUGGCGCCUAUUGAUUUCAGGCUGAGCACAAAGAAACUUGACCCUGAGAAACCACCAUUUAUUCCACCAUCCUCUCCACAUAUUACACCUACCCGGAUGACGUUUAGUCACCCAUCUCUAGAUGGUAGGUGUAAAUUGGCUUUUUGCAGUCAGCCUGUUAAUAUUUUUAUGACUUGUCCAUCUCAUUUAACAAUUUUACUAAGAUUUCUCAUUCUUGUUUUUAUCAUGUUUUGGCAGAUGAAUAUUUUUAAAUGUUUAUUUAAAAUAUAUAACAAAAAAAAAGACAUAAUAGCUUUGUGUUUUUAUUUUUCAGCUUCAGAAUGUCCAGUCAAUCCUUUGUUAGUUCCCCCCACCUGUUUCCAUCCUCACACCAGUGGAUCAUAUCCUCACAGUCCACAGAUCAAUACUUCAAGACCAUCUAGCCCCUACCCUGGCAGCUCAGCUUUACCUCCAUUUUCCAUGCAGUCUUUUCCAUCGGGCACAAAUGUAAGAUAUUCAGCACCUCAGAUCUCAAACUCACCCUUAGUGCGAUGUGCUACACCACUGAGCUCUUCAUCUGUACCUUUUAGUACAAGACCUCCCGUCGGCCCAUCCUUUGUAGACCCAGCCAUGACAGGUGUUGAUCCUCUGUAUGGAUCCUGUGUCACUAGUGGUGACUUAAGUUCACAUCCUGGACAUUAUGUGCUACCCUAUGGUGUUCAGGUCAGUUUUUAUUCUGAAAUGUUCAUGAUAUAACUUACUCAAGUCAAGGUUUUUAAAACUGAUAUAACUGAUAUAUCUUUACCAAUAACUGGUCAUGUGAUUUAUUAUUUUCUCUUUUUUUAUGGUUGUAUGUAAAAUGGAGGGUUGAAUAUUGCACUGUCACUUAACAUAUUGGUUUUCUUCCUGUGUACAAGAAAUGACAAUAUAUUUUUGUUAAAGUGCAGUAAAUUAAUUAUGAUCAUAGUUUUCAGUUGGCUAAUUAUUUUUUAUAGCCCUUUUUAAACUUGGUAUAUAUAAAAUUUUAUAUCAGACUUCUGCAUUAAAUACUAUGAGAAAAUGUACUUUCUAAACUCUAAUUUGAGAGGCGAUGCUUUAUAAUCCUUUAAUUUGGAAGUUGUUGUCUGAAUAAUAAUUCUGAGAUAUAUUUUUGUAUAUGAGAUUAUUCUGAAGUUGCAAGAAUUUGAUCUUGUCCAUCAAGUGAUAUGUUUUCAUUGUCUCUUACUGUACAUCUGGUUUUAUCAACAUCAGCUGUGGGGUCUUACUUUAAAGCUAUCAACUGUAAUUUUAUGCACAUUAUUAUUUUGAGCUGUAAAUAAUAUAGAAUCUUCUUUGUCAUUGUUUUUUUUAAACCUCUAAUUUUAAGUCAUUCAUCUAGGCUGAGUAAAAAGUCACUUUAGUUAAAGCAUAUUUUCAUAUUGGUUACACAGCUUCUUAUUCUGUGGGCUCAUUAUCUGUACAAACAUUGCGUCUUGAAAGUAAGUAUUUCAAAAGCGACCAAACCAUAAAAAAACAAAAACAGGGCUGCAACAAAUCUAGUCUCAUUUGGUUUCACAAAAAAAAUCUUCAGCUGUAGGUUGUUCUGGUAUAGCCCUUAAUAGCCCGCCUUAACAAUAUGGCGGUGUUUCAGAAUCUUUCAGAGUAAUCAUUCUUGAUGAUGCAGAGGGGAAUCACCAAAUGAGGCUUUGGUUGUGGCCGCCUAAAAGCACAGGAAACUUUAACUCUGAAAAGGGUUUAUAAAAUAACAGGUAUUUGUGUUUUAACUAAUUCUCCUUGUAAAGCGCUAAAGAUACAGAAACUUCAUGAGAUUUAGCUUGAACAAGGCCCUUUGAAUUGUACCUUUGUUUUUUUGUUAUGAGUCUUUACUCUACUCUUACUCUGCCCUUGAAAUUAAGUCUUAUCAUAUGAACUUUUAUAGAGUUGAGAUAAUGUUUAUAACUGGGAAGUAUAGGUAGAAAAGUUAAUAUUUUGAUUUUCGGUCAGCCAAUUUGGAAAGAGCUAAACUGUUGUGAUAGGCACAUUUUUAUUGAUAUUUCUCAAACAAAAUUUUAAAAUGAGAUCAUUAUCAUUGUUUAAAAUCUCAACAUUUUUUUAUUUUGUAGAAUGAGAAGAAAAAUUCUCUAGUGGAGUGCUUACAAUAUAUCUCAUUCUUCUUGAAAUGAAAUUUUCUUCUUAUCUUUCUUGUCCGAAUCUGCCUUUGUUAUGAAUAUUUCAGGAUAAAGUAAAUUCUCGAUCAAGCAUAGUAGAAGUUUCUGCAGAGGAGAAUUUUAAGAGAAAGCAGGUAGAUGGAUUUACAGUUCUAAUUAUGGAAAUUAAACUAUUUUCCUUCUCCAUAUUACUACAGGGUGGUACUUUAGAGGAUUUGACACAGCGCAAACAAGAAAUCAUCUCCCACUUUCAGGAUGAACAAGUGCUCAUGGACCCUGGUGUGGCCUCAAUCAGUUCAGGCGGUUUUACAACAGGACUAGCAGGACUGAAGACAGUUCUUGGUAAUAACAAGAAAACUAGAGAGGCCAUGCCGUCACAUGUCUCUGACAUGUUUGUGGCUACACGAACAACACAGUCCCUUGACGAACUCAGUAAGUCUUUUUGAAAUGUUAAUUUUUGUAACAAAUUUGAACAUUAAAAUAGUAGUUAGUAAGUGGUAGUAAAGUUUUCCAGGAUUAGAGAACAUAAAUAUUCCUGCUUACAUCAUUUGAAGAUAUUCCCACUCAUGAUAUUAAUAUAUUUGUUUUCUUUUGAAUUUUUUCAUACACAGUUAUUUGUAGGAAGAACUUAACAUUUAUUAAUGAUAAAUUGUUUGAUUGUUAAAAUAAUUUUAGGUAGUUGCAUUCAAAAUAUUUGCUAUUAUGCAAUAUUACAGACAUAAAAAUCAGAUAAAAAUAUACUGUUAGGUAAAGAUUUAUUAAAAAUUUUAUCCUAGGAUUGAACUUUUAUACACCUGUUUCGCUUCCAAUUUCUAAAAUUGACAUUUGUCUGAACUUAACAGUGAAUGAUGAUAUGAGCCAGUACCCCAAUAGAUGGUCAAAUGGGGAAGAUAUUGGAUUACCCUUAACCAAUGAUCUACAAUAUGAGCUUUCUUCCACUCGGGGACCUUUGCCUGACAGCAGCACCACUAACAGCAUUUCAUUCUCAAUGGCAGUAGCAACCAGCACAGCCAACAUUUAUGACAUGGUAAGGAGUCCUGUUGGUACAGUUCAUAGACUCUAGUGUUGGCAAUAUUGAAGUGGGCAGUGUCCAGGUCCAUUAGAGGCAUUUUAGAUGAGAUGGACAGGUCAUACCUUUUUUUACAGAAUAAGUUUAGUUGCAUAAGAAGUUGUAAUUCUGUGAUCUGUGAGCUAAAAAUUAAGUUCUGAUCUCAAUGCCAAAUUUAUCAAUGGUCCACUAUAUUCUAUGAGAUAUAGUGAUGUUCAGAUCUAUUUAUAGUAAAGGUCUAAAAAUAAUUUAUAAAGUUUAUUUGAAAAACACGCUUCAUCCCCAAAAGCUCGAAGCGCUGUACAAAGUCAACCAUAUUAAAAAGAGAAAUAAAAACAAUCUAAAAUUUACCACAUUUAAAAGCAGACGCAACAAUAUAAAGCUACAUACGGGCAUACCCAGUCAAAGUCUUUCAUCCCGUUUCAACCAUAAGCAACACAAGCCAAUAUACAUUAACUGAAGAAGAUGGUAGAUAGCAUCACCCCAGAAGGUGUUUGCGAAAUAGAUGUGUUUUUAAAUCGGUUUUAAAGGACUCCAGUGUCUGGCUGUUUCUGAGAGCGACUGGAAGUGCGUUCCAAAUUGUUGACUUGACAAAGCUUUCAAGCUCUUCUAGCACUUGUUUUUAUAUAUCCCUGUGAGUGAUAUUUUACAAAACAUUUUCUAAUGCACACUUGUACUAGGUGCUUCAGUUAGUGCUUUGCUCUACUAAUAGUAUUACAAUUUAAAUUAGAACAUAAUAUCUAUGAUUCAUUUUUAAUGGUGUUCAAGAGCAGCUCAUUUAAAGACAGCUACUAAAGUUCAAAUGAAAUGUGUAUAAAGCAAUAUCAUGCAUUUCCAUUUUUAAGUUAAUUCUAGUGCAAUUUUAAUUCUAGUAAAAGUAGAAGAAGUUUGCAGCGUAUAAUAACAUAUCUUGUAACAUGGAUUUUUUUGGCUUCUCUGUUAAGGCUGUUAACCCCAAGCUUUACAACUCAUUAGAAGACUUGGUGGUCAGCUCUGAAGCCCAGAAUCUUCCCCCCUCAACAUCUGUAGGAGAUUCUGAGUUUAGCAGGUUUGUUGAUGCUCUACGCUACAGCAUUAGCUUUCCGGAGAGUCAUUUAUGGUAAAAGCUGAGAAAUAAUAUAACAGUAUUAGUUGGGUUGACAAAAGUUAAAGGGACAUACUGUUAGGUUAUUUGGAUUUAAUUUAUAUGGUUUACUUGUUGAAUGUUGUAAAAGUUAAGUAUUGGAGUUAAGAUUAUUCCCCCAAAAUAUUUUUGUUUAUGCUCAUAUAGAUGGGAGAUCUGGUAUUUAUUAGAAGAAAUCUUUCUCUUUUGGUUGUAAUUUUAAGAAAUAAUUCAUUACUAAGGUCACAAAUAACACAUAUUAUUUUAUAUCAGUGAUUCUUAAUGUGGGCUAGAUGGCCCCCCACUGGGACUCGGCAUUGUACUUGUCUUUAAUUAUAUAAUUUCAUUACUCUCAGAAAGUCCGUGAAUGUAACAAUAUUUUUUCACUAAAGCUACUUUGUUAUUCAUGAAAUUUCUCAAAUAAAGCAGCUUGGAUCUUAGUGAUUAUUAAGGAAUGGUCUUUCGUAAUUUAUAUCAACUAAUUUUAAAAAAUUGUAAUAUUUUUUUUUAUUGACAUAAUUUUAGCUAAUAUGAUAAACAGCAUAAAUAAUAUUUAAAAAAUAUGGUGCCAAAAGUUUCAAAAUGUUUUAAAUUUAAUAAGUUUGCCUUCUGAAAGUUAAAACUAGAGUCCUAACUCUUAGGGAAAUAUGAUUAAAAAUUACUCCUUGCUUAUGUAUGCUCCUUAUGGUUAUUCUAUUGUGCUACUUGUUUGGACAUCCAGAUGUAUGACACAAACUAGAAAAGUUGGAUGCCAGACUGACAUUACUCCACAAUUUAAAAAAUCAUAGCUAACAAGAAGAACCCUUUGUCUUGUGUAAUUACUUGCAAAAAUUCAUUGAGAAAAGGAUAUCAGAAAUUAUAAUUCAUUGAGAAAGGGCAUCACAGUGAUUCUCAACAAUACUACCUCAUUAAGUACAAUUCAUUGAGAAAAGUUUUAUCAUUGAGUAAAAUUCAUUGAGAAAAGUACAGAGUACAUUUCAUUGAGAAAAUGAUAUCAAUUAUUCUCAACAGUACUGCUUACUUAAACAUCUGUAUCUGUUAAUAGCUUAAAUUGGGGGAAUAUUUGAAUAUCAAUCGUGAGAACACAAAAAAUAACAGAACGUUUUUUUAACAGAUUUGUAGGAUACUAAAAAAAAUGUUUUAAAAAUGCAGUGUUUAAAUAUUUGAUGGAUUGAUCAAUCCAAAUCCACUAUGGUUGUAAAGCUGACCAAAGUCUUUGAAUGAAGAAGAUCUGCAACUCUAUCCCUUCUGUGAAAGACUUUGCCUUUGUGCUCAGCAUCUGUUAUUGAUCAAACUGAAUUUAUCUCUACAGUUUCCCAGGGGAUGAUGGAGACGAGAGUUUUAUACCAUUUGAGCACACAUCAGUGUCAAAGUUUGGGCCCAUCUCUCGCAUGAGUAGAGUCAAGCUGCACAACUCGGCCCCAGUGCAGGUCACUGCUGAUGUAAGUAUUUUAAACACUAACAAACAAGUCAUCUAACAUAUCUGAAAGCACUGUAUCUGUUAAAACUGUUGAUUCUACUUGUGUGUACAUUAAUGGGUUUUUUACCCUGAGAGUACUUCAUCAUCAUACCGUCCUAGCAGCCAUUUUCUAAUGUACCCUUCUGCCUGAGGCCAUGGGGAAGAAUUUGCACUGUCUCUCAGAUUAAUUUAACUGAACUUGUGCAAAGUUUUCAUUUUAAAUUAACUUUGCUCCUAUUAAGAAAGACAAAAUAACCCCCCCCCCCAAAAAAAACAAACAAAACAACAACAACAUUGUUGUAAAAAUGAUUAAAACAGAACAUGACACACCUUAGCUGAAGCCUGGAAAUGAAGCUGUAUUCAUUAUUUACGGUAUUAUUUUCUAUUUCAGUCAUUCAAACAGAUGACCCCAGUUCUAGCUGUGACUCCUAUGGACAGGCCAGUGUCCACAUCAAUCGCAGUCCCCAGUAGGUUCCCCACUCCAUCCCUCAUGGAAGGUGUGGAUCUAACAGUUAAACCUACCCCCAGUGAGAUACCAUCUGUAUGGAAGUGAGUGCCAUUGAUUUGACAUUUGUGUAACACAUGGAGUUCAUGUUAAUGAUUGAAAUUGCCUGAAGCGGUUGUCCUGUAUCACUAUGUCUAUCCUUCAAGGUUUAUAGCUAAAGGAAGCGAAAGUGACACACUUUUCCUGUUUCUUAUCUUUUGAAAGACAAGAAUGUAAAAUACUUACUCGGUGUGAUAAUCUAAAUGCUGUUAACUACUUUUGGGCAGUAAAGUUAACAUGACCAUUACUUGUUUUCAGCAAACCCCCACAGAUGUCAUACCACAACUUAGCUUACACAAAAAAAGGCAGUGAAGACGCUAUGUCUCACAAUGAGAAGUUGGCUUAUGAAUUACAGGCCAUUGAAUAUGAGAUCUCAAUGGUGAGUACUCUCAUUAAAAAAAGCUGUUAUAGAGUUGUGUGUAUCAGAAAAUGUUGCACAUUAUUUUUGUGAUGUUUUAUUUUUGCUUUAAUUAGGGUAUAAUGUCAUUUUAUCCUUGAACUUUUGCAGAAAACCGGUCGAGAUCCUGAACCAGUACGAAAAAUGAUACAUGAAGCAGUAAUGGCAUCAUCCCAGAAUACACCUGGACCAAGAGCCAUGCCAUAUCCUCCAGUUAUAGAAUCUAUUAGAUGUGAUAACAAGAAGUCCUCAAAUGGAUUUGUUCCUAUGACUGAGAGUAUGAAGGUAGGCUCAUAUUGUAAAAAAUUGUUAUAAAAUAUUUUGAAAGCAAGUUUAUAAAACCUGUCCUAGACAUUUAAAAAAAAACAACAACCUCAUUUGUCUAUAUUUCAUCUAGAAUAUGAAGAGUGGUGAAAGACUGGUACCACAACACAUGGCAGCCCAAUGUUUUAUGGAUGAGUACAACAGGUCAAGGCAAGGUGGUGAGUCAUAUUCAUUUCACUCCUAAGAGUUGUACAUGCAACACCAAAUAUCUCAUACUCACAUCACUAUUUCAGUCUUUUAUGUAAUUGACUAAAAAGAAUUAAUUGAAAAAAGUUUUUACCCCUAGGGCUUACUCUAUCCAUUAAAUAUAGUAUAUAUUCAAAAUGGAGUCAAGCCAAUAUCUGGCUAAAUUUAUGAAACAUAUAUUAGCACUUUUGAUUUAUGUAGCACGUCAAGCAAAUAACCCUUUCAUUCACAUUCUUUUAGCCCUGUACAGGCGAAAAUAGUUUAUUUUAUGCAAAGAAGAAAAACUUGUUAUUAGCAGAAGCUGUUUUUUUGGGGAGGAAUUAAUCUUAUAAAAAUAUUAUCUUAUUAUAUUGCUUGUUUUAUUUUAAAAUGAUAUGAGCUAUUAAAAGCAGCUUUUAAAUCAAAAAUUGCCAUUGCAACUUUCUUAAUUUUGUAGUUGUAUUAAAAAAGGUUGUGAUAUUAUCUCCAUGAACUGUGAUAGAUGUGUCAGUUUUCCAAUUAUUAAAAAAAUAGCAAAUUUGAUGAUUUUCAAAGGAUUUAAUUUUUAAAUUUUUUGGUUAACUAUAUACAAAGGAAAGAAAAUCAAUAUAAAGCCUUUGCAGCUUAAGGGAUUUGUUCAUGAAUUUUGUAUUGUUGCUAAUGUUUUAUGGAUAUCAAUGGGCAUUGUGUGGAUAUAAAGGAAAAUUUGACUAAUGCUGAUCCGCAACAUGGGGUUUUAAAAUGUUGAAAAAUUGUCCUUAAAUAUCAAAUUCUAAAUCAAUUACAUUUGUGUUCUAUUUUCAGGAGGUAAAAUGUGAAAGGAUGUGUGGCCAUCUCCAUGACUCAGUUAAGUACUUACUACAACCUAUGGAUAUGAUGUGAGUCUGGUCUCAUAGGACCGAUCAUUACGCAAGGUUGUCUUCAACAUUUGUAGAUAAUGUCAUGAAAUAUGACCCUGUGAAAACAUGUUUAAUCAAGUUAUUUCUGAUCUAUACAUUAGCCUAACAGGUGGACAAAGAAUUGUGUUACAAUUAAACCCUGUGCAAUCUUUAGAUAAACUGGUUUAUUUCAUAAUCAGCUCAAUUGACUUUCAUCACAAGGCCAUGGAGGGCCUGCACAAAGUAAAGGGAGGUUUUAUUUUUUAAGGUUUUUCAUUCUGAAACAGUUUUGACCACAUUAAAUGUCUUCAUAUUGAAGAUUUAUGUUACGACUUGAAGCAAUAUAUUUCUGGUUGAUUUUAAAAAAAUAGAAAAAUUUCAUUUUUAAAAAGUCUCUUCUUAUGCUGUAAUUUGUAAAAUGGUUCAUUUACAGGUAGAGUACUGGUGAUUUUCAGAUAAAGCUAUUGCUAUGAUUUAUCAUUUUUCUUAUGCUUUUAAUAUAUAACAUUUUAUUUAAUACCUAAAUCACGCUGUACAUGAUUUUUUUUUAGCUUCUCCUGACUGCAUGCAUCAGUAGUAUUCAAACUAGGUCCAGUAAUAGUCAUACUAGGGCUGUCCAAAACUAGGACCAGUGGUAUUCAAGCUAGGGCUGUCUUGUUACCAAGUUCCUGCAUAUUUCUUUAGGACAAGUGGACUAAACUUUAUAAAACACUAGCAACCUCAAAUUUUUUACCAAAAAUAAAGUGUUAGACCUGCAAUAUAUUUGUUAUAACAGAUGGGACUGGCAAGUUUAAUAUUUGAAUACUGCUGAUGUAGACUGAUCACUCCGGUCACAUUGUUUGUCAACUGCUCAAAUCCCCAGCAAUAGCCACCAAUUCUCUAAUAUAUGUAUAUUUUGUUUUGUUUUUGAAAAAGCAUACCCCUGUAAUAACAUUGUAUAAUUCAUGAAAAAACCAUUAGAUUUACAAAUUUUGUUUUCUUCAUGUUCUUUCCUUGCUUAUUUCUUCAGCCUUGAGCCAACAGUAUCUGUUGUGAGGCAAAGAAACAUAAUCAGCCACUGGUGGUGGUAGACAUGAGCAUAUUUGUUUCUUUUUCUUUUUAUUAUUGAAAUGUGGAAUUCACUCCAUGUCUAUCUAUUGUUAUUUUCUUUUAGCAUGCAGCUUUUUUACAAAGUAUCAGACUCAGCUUUUCCCUUCAGACUGUACCAUAUUUCUCUUGUACUGUUAUAGACAUGGUGAAAUGGAAGUGACAGCACAUACUGUAUGUUGUUGACAAGACAUCACAACACCACAUUCAGUUGUUACCGUCUAGGUUACCAUUUACUGCCUUUGGCUUUGUUUGGAUGAAAAUAUUUUUUGUAUAAUGUAGCACAGCACUAAGCAUCUAUUACAUUACAUUGCUUAGACAUUUAAGAAAAGAUUCUUCGCUUUGUUUAAAAAGAGAAAUAUCCCAUUAUUUUAAUAUACAAGAACUGUUACAGUGUUUAAAAUAUUACGUUAUAUUAAAAUGUCAUGUGUCGUAUGACAGCCUUUGAGUUGUAAUAAAGGCUGUAAUGCAGGGUAAAUUUUGGUUUUCUAAUGUUGUUUUUAUAUAUAUCAGCUCAAAAUAUUCCAUCAGAGAAUAUUACAUUUUUGGAAGGUAUUGCUAGUUUUUUAAGUCAUUACUUCAAAUUCCAAUGGAGUGCCAUGACAUAGUGAGGAAACACAGGUAUUUUUAAAAUCUGAGUCUUUACUAUGUAUCAAAAAAUCUCUUCAUUAUACACUGCUGUGUAUCAGUUGUGGGAUAUUUUCUGUAUAAUGUGCUAAGGAAUUUUCCAUAAACUGUAUUGUCUGGUAAUCUCACUGACAUUGUCUCAUUUCUGACUGUCACUGAUGCUCCUUUCAAUUAGUCACACAAAAAAUGCUAAUUCUAUUUUUUUAAGUCCAGUCCCAUCACCAUUUAAAAAGUCCAGAAAUGCGAGACUAUUGCUCUUGAUCUUUACUAAUGUGCUUAUUUUAUACUGCAUCACAAAGUGUUACAGAUUGACACAAAACAUUCACCAUUCAGAGGUGGAGGAAUGAAAAAUUGAAGUAUUUGUAGGAGAACCAUUGAAUAUCUCCUAAACCUAGAGAAAUAUUGGAAAUGCUAGAAAUGAACCACUGUUCUUAUUCUCCCAUGCAAACAUUGAUAUUGCCAUGGAUUUAGUUGUUUGGUUUUUUUUUUUUUUUGGUUAACAUUUGAUGACAUAUAGAGAGGCAGUAUCUGCCCCUUACAGUAAAGACUAUUUUGUAACAAAAUGUAGUUUUUUUUUUUCUUAAGCCAAUGAUACUCAUUUAUUCUCUGAAAAGGACCUUUGCUCUUGUUGAUAUAUUCCUAGCAUUGGUAGUAUAUUAUAUAUAGGUAUUUGGUUUUAUAAAUACCAAUUGUGAAAUGAAUGAGUAGAGUGCAGAUUUUUAUCUGUAUCAGAAGAAUGGGAAUAUUUGAACGACGGCAGGGGUCCAUCUUAUCUUUACUCAUUGAGUGCUUNAUGUCUUGUUUGUUUUGUUUGUUCUGAAUUUAUGUUAUUUGAUAAAACAUUGUGUUUUAUUUGUAUUGAAUUAUUUAUAUUGGGCCACACAUUGUGGUAUAUAUAUAUAUAUAUAUAUAUAUAUAUAUACAGAAUUCAUGCUAAUGAACCACAAAUUGUGGUAUAUUUGUACUGAAUUCAUGCUAUUGGACCUCAAAUUGUGGUCAGUUUAUUGCUGAAUUCAUGUUUUUGACCUCAAAUUGUGGCUUGGGUCUCUUUAUGUUUGUUCUUAAAUUACUUGGCAUUGGAUCUUGUUCUCCGCAUCUCAUUUCCUCAAAUUGUUCACACAUACACCCUAAAACUGUGUUCUUGUUACCAAGAUUUUAAAGCUGGCAUAACAGUUGAUUAAUUAAAUUAUUGUCUUCUUUUUCGAGUUAUUUUGAAAAUUCAAUUUAAAAAUAUGUUGUCCCCAAGAAUUGAAUAUGAUCUGAAGUUGCCCAUUUCCCUCUCUUCGUGACAUGAAUGUUUCCCCAACCCGUUGGCAGUUGUCAUAGCAUGUUAUGUAUUUGUCACAUCUUGUCAUGUUUUACAACUUACCACAACUUAUGUGCUGUUUUUCUUUUUUUUUCUUUUGUCAUACCAUGCAACUUUACACUAUUUGUAUGUCAUGUUUUGCCCAGUGUCAUGUCAAGUGAUGAUUUAUAGCAUAAUGGACAAGUCUGACACUCAGCUAGCAGGUCAUCAUCUAUUCAAUUGUUGAACUAUAAUGCCAUAUUCUUUGGUGUGUUAGCUUAGUGAUAAGAAUAUCUAUCUUUAUUAUCAAGGAAACUGAAACAAGUCAAUUCAUCUGAUUAUUCCCUCUUAAUCUUUCUUGUAUGCCUAGUUGUUUUGGUGUAAUGUACUAUAAUGUAGCAAAAUUUGUGCUGUGUACAAAUUACUUUUGGCAAUUAAACUUGCAAAACCUUC